CAUUUUUUUUUUAAAUAAGUCAAAAUGUCUGAAAAGAAUGCCGAACCAGACCCCGAGGACAUAGAGGCUGCCUACAGGCACAGCCAAAUUGUGCCCGAGGUGAAACGGGCCUACCAGGAAGCUAUUUCUAAAGUUUUUGCCGAUCUCAGUGCCGAGGAUCUGGCUCCCUUUGCCGCCAUUCACGCAGAGCACGGGGACACAUACUUGGCCACCGAUGAAUUGGUGGCUGCCAUGCGUCACAAAAUGACCACCAUAUUGAGCAAGUUGAACCAGCACUUCUUUGACAACAACGAUGCAGAAAACAAGUUGGUUGUACUGGAAAUGCUCAAGGAGAAGUUCGCCCCCUACGAGGGCCACAACUGGAACGUCAACCAUCUGUCCCCGGAAGAAUACACGCGUCCGGAGCGCAGGCGCCUCCUGGAUUCCAGUAUCUGCGUGAUGGAGAGGGAACUGGCAGCACAGGAAAAGGCACUUGAGGUUUGUCUUUUGGCCAAUCGCUACUAG